GAAUCGAGGCAGGCAGGCGAGCGGGCUGCACGCUCGGGGCGAGCGAAGAAAGGGCAGCGCCAGCGCCGUGUGCCGGGCCCCCCGAGCGCCCCGCAGCCCCGGGCCCGUCGGUUUUCGCGCUGGGCCGGGCCCCAGAGCCCCGAAGGCCCCCGGAGCAGCGAGUGGAGCCGGGCGCAGGGAGGCCAGACCCCAGCAUGCCACGGGGCAGCAUGGACACCAGCCUCCCGGGCCUCGCCCUGCUCACCGCCGUCUGCCUGAGCGUGGGCACCACCGACACUGCCUGGUGGAACCUGGUGCCCAGGAAAACCAUCCCCUACAACGAGCUGAAGGACGUGGCGAAGCGGUUCUCCAAGGCGGGCGUGUCCCACUACAAGACGCUGACGCUGGGCGAGGCCGAGAGGGUGCUGUACGUGGGUGCCCGUGAGGCCAUCUUCGCCCUUGCCACUGGCACCAUGGAGCUGAAGGCAGCGAUCUCCUGGGAGGCUCCGGCAGAGAAGAAAGUGGAAUGUAUCCAGAAGGGCAAGAACAACCAGACCGACUGUUUCAACUACAUCCGCUUCCUCCAGAGCUACAACAGUUCCCACCUGUACGCAUGCGGCACCUUCGCCUUCCAGCCCAAGUGCACCUACAUCGAGCUGUCCAGUUUCUCCCUCAACAGGCUGGCCUUCGAGGAUGGGAAGGGGAAGUGCCCCUACGACCCGGCCAAGGGCCACACGGGCCUCAUCGUGGAUGGUGAGUUGUACUCGGCGACACUCAACAACUUCCUGGGGACAGAGCCCGUGAUCCUGCGUAACCGGGGCCCCCACUACUCCAUGAAGACGGAGUACCUGGCCUCCUGGCUGAAUGAGCCCCACUUCGUGGGCUCAGCCUACGUGCAGGAGAGCGUGGGCAGCAGCAGCGGGGACGACGACAAGGUCUACUUCUUCUUCAGCGAGCGGGCCGUGGAGUACGACUGCUACGCCGAGCAGGUGGUGGCCCGCGUGGCCCGGGUCUGCAAGGGGGACGUGGGCGGCGCCCGGACCCUGCAGAAGAAGUGGACGACGUUCCUCAAGGCCCGGCUGGUCUGCUCCAUCCCGGAGCAGCAGCUGCAUUUCAACCGGCUGCAGGCCGUGUACACGCUGGGCGGGGCCGGCUGGCGCGACACCACCUUCUUCGGCCUCUUCCAGGCUCGCUGGGGGGACGUGGACGUCUCUGCCGUCUGCCAGUACCACAUCGAGGACGUGCGCAAGGCCUUCGAGGGGCCCUACAAGGAGUACCGGGAGCAGGCCCAGAAGUGGGGCAGGUACUCGGACCAGGUGCCCAGCCCCCGGCCUGGGGCGUGCAUCACGGACUGGCACCGGCAGAACGGUGUUGCCAGCUCGCUGGAGCUGCCGGACAACACGCUGAACUUCGCCAAGAAGCACCCGCUGAUGGACGAGCCGGUGCUGCCAUGCCACAACCGGCCCCUGCUGCUCAAGAAGGACGCCAACUUCACCCGGCUGGUGGUGGACCGGGUGCGCGGGCUGGAUGGGGCCUCCUACAACGUGCUCUUCAUUGGGACAGGUGAUGGGUGGCUCCACAAGGCCCUAGUCCUGCCCUCCCGCGUCCAUCUCGUGGAGGAGCUGCAGGUCUUCGAGCCGGCGCAGCCCAUCGAGAGCCUCGUGCUGGCCCGCCAGAAGAAGCUGCUCUUUGCCGGAUCUCGCUCCCAGGUGGUGCGGCUGUCCCUGGCCGACUGCGCCAAGUACCGCUCCUGCACCGACUGCGUCCUGGCCAAGGACCCCUACUGCGCCUGGAGCCGUAACGCCAGCCGCUGCCUCCGGGCUGACGGCGCUGACGGGUCCCUGCUGGUCCAGGACGUGGUGAACGCGGACACGGCUCUCUGCAACCUCCUCCGAGCAGCCCCCUCAGUUAAAGUCACUCCCAAGAACAUCACGGUGGUGGCCGGCGCAGACCUGGUCCUGCCCUGCCGCCUCACCUCCAACCUGGCCCGGGCACGCUGGACCUUCGAUGGGCGGGAGCUGGCCGAGGACCAGGCCUCGCUGCUGUACGACGCCCACCUGCAGGCCCUGGUCCUCCUGGGCGCGGGACCCCAGCACGGUGGCGCCUACCGGUGCUUCUCGGAGGAGCAGGGCGCGCGCCUGGCGGCCGAGGGCUACGUGGUGUCGGUGGUGGCCGGCCCGGCCGCCACGCUGGAGGCCCGGGCCCCGCUGGAGAGCCUGGGGCUGGUGUGGAUGGUGGCGAUCGCCCUGGGCGCCCUGUGCCUGGUGCUGCUGCUGGGGGUGCUGUCCCUGCGGCGCCGGCUGCGGGAGGAGCUGGCCAAGGGCGCCAAAGCCGCGGAGAGCACCCUGGUGUACCCCAUCGAGCUGCCCAAGGAGCCCUCCAGCCCCAAGUUCGUCCCCAGCGCCGACUCGGACGAGAAGCUCUGGGACCCGGCCAGCUACUACUAUUCGGACGGCUCCCUCAAGAUCGUGCCGGGCCGCGCCAUGUGCCAGAACGGCUCGGCCACACCCUCGCCCCCUGCCAACGGCAUCCCCGGGCAGCCCCUGGCCUCCCCGCCCCCGCACUCGCCCAGCCGCAUCCACCUGGGCAGCAUCCGCGGCUCCUCCUCCAACGGCUACAUCCGCCUGCAGCUGGGGGCCGAGGAGCGGCCCGGCUACGGCGACCUGGCCGAGGAGCUGCGACGCAAACUCCAGCAGCGGCAGGCGCUGCCCGACUCCAACCCCGAGGAGUCCUCGGUGUGAGCCCGGGGCUGCGGGCCUCUGGCACAAGGCGCGGCUACCUCCGACCCGGCCGGGGGCCCCGGGCUCCCCCGCCCCGCCCCGCCGGGACGCUUUUGCAUUUCAGGACACGCGUGGGACCCUUUCUCGAACGACCCCUGUGGAUUUCGAUACCCCGGGGUGGGCGUUUCACUGGAUCGGGCCCGUUCCGGAGUCCGCCCCGGCCCUGGACUCUGCCCCCCUGGCUGGGCCCUGGGAGCGGCUGGUUGAGACGCACGGGCAGGUCCUGGACGGACGGAGGGGGCGCACGAGUCUGCCCUGGAUCCUGGGUGGACGGAGCCUACUUGGGACCUGGUGCCUGGAGUGGAUGCUGGCUGGAUUUUGGAGGCCGGCUCGCCCGAGAAGCACGGCCUGGUGCUGUUGGCUGCUUGUGACUGCCCAUCCUGGCUGGCAUGGCACUGGCCGGUGGGCGCUGGCAUGUGGGAGCGAGGGCAGACCCUGAGCUGACACAAGACGCCCUCCCAGUAACGUCGGGCAGGACUGCAUUGCAUGCUGGGAACAGGGCGCCCAUCCCCAUUACCUGUGGGCGGCAGUCCUUGGAGAGGAGGGGGGGAAGUCGGCUCUGGCCCCCUGAAGCGGGUGAUCUCCCAUGCCCCACGGCCUGCAUGCUGGCGAUGGGCCAAUGGUGUCCUUGUGCCCAGGUGGGGGAGGGGCUGGUGGAAUGGGGGGCUGUGUUCCUGUGCCCCCCAGGCCAGCUCAAACUGCAGAGAUGGACUUGGUGACUUGGCCGAGGAGUGGAGGAGGUGGGGUGGGGGUCACCAGUGUAAAUACCCCCCGACGCACCCCGCCUGGGUCCCUGCCCCUUGGCAAGCCACUUCCUGCCCCACUUACCCCCCCAUCCUGCACGCCAGCUGCCCCCCUUUCCCCAUCCAUGUAAAUAAGCAACAAGGACCCACCCCACCCCUGUGUAAUUUAUUUGUUACGGAAAUAUAUUUAUUGGCUGUAAAUAUUGGAGUAUUUUUAUAUUAAUAAUAAAAGGGAGAGAAACCCCA